UUAUUUUAGUCUUUCCUUCGUUGUUAUUUUUAGGAAGCUUCGUCUUAAGAUCAAAAUUUAAUCAUGCGGAAUAUUGAGAUAAAAGCAAAAAUUGAUGAUCCAGAGCUUUUAGUUUCUCAAGUAAAACAAUUAACUAAUGCAGAUAGCAUUAUUAUAAAACAACAUGAUAUAUUUUUUAAAGUAGAAGAAGGAAGAUUAAAAUUACGCAUAUUCGAGGAUGGUUCAGGGGAAUUACUUUAUUAUGUAAGAUGCAAUCAAUUGGGUCCAAAACUUUGCACUUAUGAAAAGGUACUUUUGAAUCAUGUUCAAAAGUAUCAUGCUGAUACCUGUGUUAACCUGAAAAACAUUUUAACUAAAUCAAAUGGUAUCAUAGGCACUGUAAAAAAGACUAGGAAAUUAUAUAUGAUUGAUCAAACUCGUGUUCAUAUUGAUGAAGUUGAAGGAUUAGGAAAUUUUAUGGAGUUAGAGGUAGUUUUAACAAAUGAACAGGAUUUGAAAAUUGGAGAGAAGAUUGCUCAAGAUUUAAUGGCUAAGUUUAAUAUAAAAAGUGAAGAUUUAAUAACAGAAUCUUAUAUAGAUUUACUUAGUAAAUCUAAUGUAUAAUUGUAAUAACACAUAAUAUUUCUUACUGUACCUCUGCAGCAGCAUUAUAUUGUAUACAAGACCAACAU